AUGGUGCGCGAGCUGUUCACGAUGGCGAGGAGCAAGAAGGCCUGCAUCGUGUUCUUCGACGAGAUCGAUGCCAUUGGCGGGAGUCGGACGGGGGGAGACGACAGCGGGGGGGACAACGAGGUGCAGCGAACCAUGCUCCAGAUCGUGACGGAGCUGGACGGCUUCGACCCGAGAGGGAACAUCAAGGUGCUCAUGGCCACCAACCGGCCGGACACGUUGGACCCCGCGCUCCUGCGCCCGGGUCGGCUGGACCGAAAGGUUGAGUUCGGGCUGCCGGACUUGGAAGGGCGCGCGCACAUCCUGAGCAUCCACUCCAAGUCCAUGAACGUGGACAGAGACAUCCGGUACGAGCUCGUGGCGCGCCUGUGCCCCAACACGACGGGGGCAGAGCUGCGGUCGGUGUGCACGGAGGCCGGCAUGUUCGCCAUCCGCGCCCGCAAGAAGUCCAUCUCGGAGAAGGACUUCUUGGACGCGGUGAACAAGGUCAUCAAGGGGUACCAGAAGUUCUCGUCGACGCCCAAGUACAUGGUGUACAAUUAAGCAGUUUAGUAAUAGUGGCGUUUUGUGGGUGGGGGAGGCCACUCGCGUGUUCUGUAGCAUUCUGCGCUGUUUGGCUCUGCGUGGUUUGGCUGUUUGACGGCGGUCAGGAGCUUGUCGUAGCGCGGGGAUCUGUAGACGAGAAUGUGGACGGGGGGAGCGGGGGGCAAGACUGACUGGACGGUUUUCUCGCAGCCGGCGGGGUUACUCCUCCAAUUCUUGCCGCAGGGCCGGGCAGUGCAUGCCAAGUCGGGAAAGAUCCAACAUGACGUGGUAGGUUGCUUCAUGUACCACAUAUGCGGAGAUACAGAGCCUCGGGUGUGGGGUGGAGAACGGCUUGGCUGGGGGGCUGGGUGGUAGGUCCAUGGCGGCAAAGCACGGGUUGGCGUUUUCGCCCGGAAAAUGGCGUCCUACCUGCUGUGUUUGGCAUUUACCCGGCCCUCUACGAGGUGCAAAAUAAACAUAAAAUUCAGAAAAAACUCGUGUCUUGACGCCUGACGCUGGCACGUACUCGAAAGCUGUCCCCCAGAAAUGGCAUGGCCACGCGUGAAGAUAUGCUGGCCUACUUGGUGGUACGUGACUUGCCUUCGCGAAAACUGAGACAUGCUCCAAAAAACAAGGAGAGGCGAACACGCCCCCGAGGAUGGUUGGGUGUAGUUAGCCAACGACCAAGAAAUCAAGGGAUUCAGCCCCU